AUGGCGCCUACCAAAAACGUAUCGAGCAGAUCGAAAUCAUCGAGUCAAUCACCGAAAAAACCGAAAAUAGGAUCACCGAUGAAGAAGAAAUUAUCACAUAAUAAUGCUUCACCAAAAAAAUCGACUACAAAAGCUUCUGAUGUACGAAAUGUUACAACGGCACGCCAUCCAAAUUAUCAACAAAUGGUUACCGAAGCAAUUAAAGCACUUGACUCACGUACAGGCUCAAGUCGAUCAAAAAUUUUGAAUCAUAUCAAAGUCACCUAUGGAAUCGAAGGUGGUAAAAGUUCUAAUAAUCAUCUUCGUGCAGCUCUCGAAGCACUUCUUGAAGAGAGUGUUAUUUCACUCGCUAAAGGUACGGGAUAUAUUAAUGGUUAUUACAGAAUUACAUCAAAAGGAAAAAAACAAAAUAAUAAAAAAUCAUCAUCUCAAAGUACAACUGAUGUUCAUGAUAAAAAGUCUAGUGAUAAACCUCGUUCGCCAUCAAAAUCUGGAAAACAAAGUAAAACUGGUGGUCAACGUCGUAGUCGUUCCAGUUCAAAAAUUCAAGGAAAAUCUACCAAUAAAAAUGGAUCUUCUGGCCGUAAAUCAAACCAGUCAACAGUAAGUCGAUCACGAUCAUCAAUUAAAAAAAGUAAUCAAGCACGUCAAAGUCGAUCCCGUUCACUAACUAAAUCGAGAAAUUCCAUGACAAAACAACCAACAGAAAAACUAAAAUCACCACAACGUGGACGAUCCAAAGUCGGCCAAAAACGACAAGCAUUAAAAGAAGUUAAUAAUAACCAAAAAUCAGCAAAUAAAAGUAAACAAACACGGUCCAGAUCUUCAAAACGAAAAUCAACAGGAAACAAUAAUGUUACUUCAUCACCAACAAAACGAGCUCGAACUUCUACUGGUGGUCGUAGUAAAAAGGGAGGAAAAUAA